UAUGGCUGCGUCCAGUGAGAAAUGUUUUUGUUAUGUUUACUAUUAUACAAUUCGUUCGAAAACGUAUAAGAUCGGUAACAAUGCAGAUUUUCUAUACACGUGACUAUUAUUUUGAUGUGUGAUCAUUAUUGUAACGAGUAACUUACAUAUGAAGUACCAUAAAGCUGUAGCACGUAUAUAAGAGUUUCAGAAUUUGAAGAAUGGCACUGAACACAUAUUAUAAAUGGAGAUUUAUUCGACAAGUACGAUUAAGAUUUUCAUGGGAUUUUUCCAAUCAAUUUUAUCUGUGGAAUCCUGUAAAAAGAUAUUUAAAUGUAAGCAAUGUUUUACAUAAACAAAAAGCAAAAAAUGCUAUAUUAAAACAUAAAAUAGUAGCUGAGAAAUAUAGAAAUAUAUUGAAGAAGAAUGAAGAUAAUCCAUACAUAAGUAAACGUUAUAAAAACUGCACUUAUGUAAUACAUGAUGAUGUAGUUGAGCUUGUUUUACAAAAUAUCAGUUCAGAUUUAGCCAAAGAAGAUGCUCUUAUUAUAGAAAUUAAUCCAGGUUUUGGGAUACUUAGUAAAGCUCUUCUUGAAAGUGGAGUUUCUCAAUUGAAACUUAUUGAAGAUAAUAGGGUGUUUUUGCCUCAUUUGUUGGAAUUAUCUGAGCUUUAUCCUGGUAAAGUACAGUUAAUUAAUAGAGAUUUCUAUCGGAUGUUUAAGAUACCUGAAGAUAGCGAGACUGAGAAUGAUAUGUCACAAAUUGUAGAAGGUGCAAAAAUCAGGAAAUGGAAUGAAGAACCUCCAUUAAAGAUCUUCUUAAUUCUGCCAUUUGAUAAAAGUUAUUUUUUGAGAAGAAUGAUUUAUUCUCUGGAAUGUGAAAAUUCUAUAUACAGAUUGGGAAGAGUUGAGUUUUUAAUGUUUGUAUCAGGAAAAGAAUAUGCAUAUAUGAUUGCUGGACCAAAGGAUAAUUUUAUGAAGUAUCGCCAAGUUUCAGUACUAUAUCAGUUGUUUUUUGAUAUUGAAUUAAUAGAAAAGAUACCAAAAGAACAUUUUUACACUAUUUUUAAGAAUAAGAAAAGGAAAAGGGUAUUUUAUGAUGAUUCAAAUCUAUAUUUUGUCAAGAUAAUACCUAAAAAAGAUAUGUUUAAUGACAACAUGACAUUGCAGAAGCUUACCGAAUUUAUUUAUUUUGUCAGAUUUAAUCUUGCAGUGAGAAAGUCGUUAAUACUUCCUGCGUUAGAGAGACUUAUCCCUGAUUGUGGGCCACAUUUCAUAAAAUAUGGUCUAGCUAUAUAUACAAGAUUUGGUGAUGUUACUCCAGAACAAAUUCUGGAUAUUUUCAACAUAUUUAUAUCACUACCGGGUUAUAAUGAUGGGUUGUUUAAAGACUUAUUUUCUGAUGAAUUAUCAAGAAAGCAUCAGGAUGAAACAUGUGACUUAGAAACAAAUAUAGAAUGAAAAGUAAUGAGUGUUUUCCUAUUGUAAAUUGAACAAUAAAUUUUUUAAUAUAUUUUAAUGAUCUCAAACUCUUCUAAUGGUUAAAAAAAAUCAGAUUUUGCUUAUUUUCUUUCAGCAUUUUGCAUCCAAUUUUGAAUGGUCUGCUUCUCUUUCUCUUUCCUUCAGGCAGUAUCUAAUACAUUGUAGGUUCAGAAUGGCAAAAGGUUCAGAAUUCUGAAUUGGCCAGACCAAUUCAGAACUCAUCUAGCUAAAUGCAUCUUACCUUUUGUCACAAUGACUUAUAAUCUGCACAAACUUCUUUUUUCAAGAACUCAUCAUUGGUAAUAGAAUCUCAAUAAGUGACCAUCAGCACAGAUGAAACAUAUUGAGUUUCUGUGUCGCCCAUGUUAUGACCUUCCAAAUUUCAUAGCAUAAAUUGCAGUUGUAUUUAUUAAAAUGAUCUAACAUUCUACCUCUAGUUUUGAAAUUGCAGUAAUAAUUAACUUAUAAAUUAAUUGUAGAAAUACAGUCGACCCCCCCAUAACAUGGGUUCCUGUAGUUCGGAUUCCUAUAUCAGGGUGAAAAAAUUUGCAACAGUAUUCGUACAGACAUGCUAAAAAAACUCAUA